AUGCCCACCCUCUCAGUGUUCGUGGACGUGCCCCUAGCCCGCAAGCUAGAAGGCAGCUUGUUAAAGACCUACAAAAGAGACAACUUCCCUAACAAGGCGUUCCUGGCCUAUAGAGUCUGCAUGACCAACGAAGGCCAGCCCUGGGUGUCGCUCGUGGUGUGCAAGACCCGACUGCAUGUUGCACAGGACCCCUCCCUGAACUACGAGUACCUGCCCACGAUGGGCAUGAGAUCAUUUAUCCAGGCCUCCUUGGAACUCCUCUUCGGAAAGCACAGCCAAGCCAUUGUGGAGAACAGGGUGGGAGGCGUGCACACUGUUGGUGACAGUGGUGCCGUCCAGAUUGGGGUCCAGUUCCUCAAAGCUUGGCAUAAGGAUGCUCAAGUAGUUUACAUCAUCUCCUCUCAAAAAGAAAUGCAUGGACUCAUCUUCCAGGACAUGGGCUUUACAGUUUAUGAAUACUGCAUCUGGGACCCCAAGCGUCUGUGCACGGAUUCCAAGAUGUUCCUCGAUGUGGUGCAGCAGAUCCCACAUGGCUGUAUCCUUGUGAUUGGGAACAUUGUCGACUGCAAGUUGACACAAAGUCAGUGGGCAAAGUUGAUGUUCACCAUGAAGAGCAAGCAGAUAUUCCUAUUUUUUGACAUUCCCUGUCAAGGUUUAUCCACCGGUGACCUGGAAGAAGACACAAGAAUCUUACAAUACUUUGUGUCUCAAGGCUUUGAGUUCUUCUGCAGCCAGUCUCUGUCCAGGAGUUUUGGUAUCUAUGAUGAAGGGGUGGGACUCCUAGUCGUGGUGGCUCUCAGCAGCCAGCACCUGCUGUGCGUCCUCUCCCAGCUGAUGAACCUCGCCCAGGCCCUGUGGCUAAACCCUCCGACCACUGGAGCUCGCAUCGUCACCUCCAUCCUCUGCAACCCUGCUCUGCAGGCAGAAUGGAAGCAGAAUCUGCAAGAGGUUGUCGAAAACAUUAUGCUGAUCAAGGAAAAGGUGAAGGAAAAGCUCCGACUCCUGGGAACCCCUGGUUCCUGGGAUCACAUCACUGAACAGAGCGGGACCCAUGGCUAUCUUGGACUCAACUUCCAACAGGUGGAAUACCUGGUUAAGAAGAAGCAUAUCUACAUCCCCCAAAAUGGUCGGGUUAACUUCUCCUGCAUCAAUGCCAACAACAUAGAUUACAUCACCCAGAGCAUCAACGAGGCUGUCCUCGUCACAAAGGGCUCAGAGUAA